CUUGUUCAUGAUGAUUUUUACCCGAGUCUUGUAUCAAGUUGUACGCUUCGGGAAUCGACAAAUAACACAAACGCAUCGAUUGUCUCAACUUCGGCGUCUCUCAGGCUGUCUCCCACAAAGUUAUCUUCAAAACCCUCAGUUCCACUCUCUUGGAAUGUCGCCCCAAACGCCACUUGAUUUCAACUCAGGUCCCAUGGUUUGGAUUGACUGCGAAAUGACUGGACUCGAUCCUAGAAAGGACAAAAUCUUGGAAAUUGCAGUAUUGAUCACAAAUGGUGACCUGGAGCUUGUCGAUGAACAAGGCAUCCAGUUCGUUAUCAGGACUGACAAGGCAGUUUUAAAUUCUAUGGAUGAGUGGUGCAUAACGCAACAUGGAAAGGCUCGUCUUCAAUGCAUUACCCAGCGUGCUUACUUGACAUCUGGUCUAACGCAAGCCUGCAUGACAUCGCCUCACACGAGAGAGUAUGUUGCAAAAGUUGUUUUGGAGUACAUCAAGAAAUGGGUGCCGCAAAAACGGACUGCGGUUCUAGCUGGCAACUCAGUUCAUGCAGACCGAUCAUUCUUGGUGGAGGAGAUGCCUGAAGUUAUAGACUUGGCUUCAUUACCGGAGUUAUGUCGUAGAUGGUUUCCAGACAAUCAAGUUCCGAAGGACGCAUUAGCCGGAAAACAUAGAGCUUUGGAUGACAUCAUGGAUUCCAUUCAAGAAUUAUCAUGGUACCGCCAAAACAUCUUUGUUCAACCGUCUAGGAAGUCAUGUUGAUGAGUAAAUCCUAAGGAGGGGGGCAAACGAAACAUGAUUGUAAAUUCAUUGGAAAUGAGCAGCGGAAUUGCGGCUCGCCUCCCUUAUGAUAUGAUAUUUUAAUCAAGCCUACGGAAAGUCGUCCACUGUCAGCAAUGGUCAUUCAAAUAUUCAUAUGCCGGGCCCACCCUAGAUGUGGCUUUCUGUAUGCAUGUGUGCGCCUUCGUAAUUGAUAUCCCGUAUCCUACGCCAGCGAGCGCCAAUACAUGAUCUUGUACAAAGGAAUAUAGGUUCUAGCUAAGAAAGCACACGUAGAUACCCGGUAUGAACAGCCUCCGCACUACUUCGUUGCUACCACGUAGUUCCAGUCGCUGUUGAUAGCUCCCGUCUGGAUACCCACCAGCUCUGUCCAAAGUGGCCUCGAGACGGGACCCAUACCGUCUUCAC